AUGUACCAGCCUUCUACUGGUGGCCAGGUCUUGGAUCUGGAAACUGCCGUCAAAGAUGGCAUUUUGGGUGGUGGAGUUAUCUGCGGUGGCGUCACCACUGCAAACGUCGAGAAACUGGAUCUGAAGACGAUGAUUGAACAGCUCGACUCCAUUGAAGUCCCAUCUGUGUUCAUCUGUCCAAUCUCAUUAGAACCGAUGCAAGAUCCAGUCACCCUUUGUACAGGUCAGACAUACGAAAGGUCCAACAUCCUCAAAUGGUUUUCUUUGGGACACUUCACUUGCCCCACCACAAUGCAAGAGCUUUGGGACGAUUCACUAACACCCAAUUCAACGCUCAACCAUUUAAUCCACACCUGGUUCUCUCAGAAAUACCUAGCUAUGAAAAAACGAUCAGAAGAUGUUCAAGGAAGGUCUUUAGAGCUCCUGGAGACAUUAAAGAAGGUCAAGGGUCAGUCCCGAGUUCAAACCCUCAAAGACCUCCGAAGAAUCGUCGCCGCCCAUGACUCCGCCAAGAAAACGGUGGUCGAUAAUGGCGGAGUAAGCUUCAUCUCUUCUCUCUUAGGUCCUUUCACCAGCCACGCAGUCGGGUCAGAAGCGAUUGGGAUCUUGGUGAAUCUCCGAUUAAGCUCAGAUUCCAUCGCUAAUCUUCUUCAACCCAUGAAGAUUUCAUUAAUGGUGGAUGUUUUGAACGAGGGGUCGACCGAAACCAAAAUAAACUGUGUAAAAUUAAUGGAAAUUUUGUUUCGAGACUCCGAAAUUAUCCCAAGUUUGAGUCUUUUAGUCGGAGUAUUGAGGUUAGUGAAGGACAAAAGACACCCACAUGGGAUAUUGGCAGGGCUUAGAUUAUUAAAAAUCAUCACCCUACAACAGUCGCCGGAAAACUCCAUAAUCAGCAUCGGUGGUGUUCCCCAAUUGGUUGAAAUGUUGCCUUUUUUUAACCCUGAAUGCUUAGAAUUAGGUUUAUAUGCUCUUGAAAUUCUCUCUUCGAUCCCUGAAGGUGCUUUAGCUCUCAAAGAUUGCUCUCAUACAAUUCCCAAUUUGGUGAAAUUGCUGAUGAAAAUCUCAGAAACUUGUACUCAAUAUGCAUUGUCAAUUCUUUGGGAGGUUUGUAGGCUUUCGCCGGAAGAAUCUGCCGCCACAGCAGUGAACGCCGGACUUGCCGCCAAGCUCCUCCUUGUGAUUCAGAGUGGUUGUAGUCCGGGAGUGAAGCAACGGUCAGCAGAGCUUUUGAAAUUGUGUAGCUUGAAUUACACAGCCACCAUUUUCAUUUCGAAAUGUAAGCUCACAAGAACAUUGCAAUGA